GGUGUUGUGUUUAUAGCAACUGAUUUAUCACAACAGUGUGAAGCCACGAGCUUCUUCUCAGUAUAUGUAGAGUAAUAUGUGUAAAUUUAUGUGUAGUAUGAAGUUAUGAUGAUCAUGAGUCGUGAGCACAAUCUACCAACUCUCUCGCGCCUGACUGGUGACGAUAUUGAUGAUAUUUGGGCAAGAGUGGCGUGUUUCAUAGAGCGACAGAUGAUCACGAGGAAGGGCGUUUGUAUCCGCGGUUUGGGAACAUUUACGUUCUCCUUUGACAAAUGUACACCGAUAUUUAUCCUGACUGAGAAACUCUGCCGCACUUAUGGAUUCAAACAGAAGAAACGUCAAUGUUCAGAGGAUGUUCCUGUGGCUUCACUCAACUUCUCGGCGUUGAGCGCUGACAGUCCGUAUGAACGUGACUGUGUGGAGGGAUGUGUACGUGAAACCAUUCUCCUGCUUCUCCGUGCGGCUUCUGCACUUCAGUCUGUAGCUCGUACUUUCCCUCGAAUCGGAGUUCUCACCUUCCGACAAACCCGAGUGAAGAUGAUCUUCUACCAGGACUUCAUCUCGGCUUUAGAAGCCGCUGGGCAACUUUCAUUAGCGUCAACCAGCAGAGUCGAAUCUCAUUCAUCUGAGAGACAGAAGAUCAUCACGAGACCUGCGACCACCAAUGCCAGAACGUCUGCUAAAGACCCUACGAGAAAAGAUCAAAAGACCGAACCUUCUUCAGCUCAACGGCAGCCCGAUAAAGAAGAUGGACGAGUUUAUGAAUCAUUUGGAUAUACGCCAGCGUCUCGUGGUUCAGCAGAUGGAGAGAUUGAGACAUCGAACACCGACAGAGUUGUGAAGCUGUCACAGCUGGCAGGAGACACGAUGAGCGCGAUGACCAUAAAGAGUCAUUCAGGUGUGAACGAGACGUGCGCUGAUCACAGCCGAGCUGGACAGGAGUUGUGUUAUGUGUGCAUGCAGCGGGCUCGACGAAACGUUCCCCUAUAUGUACCAUAUGAUGAGAGAAAAAGAGCUGAGCAGGAACAAGAGCGAGUCUUAAUGCUCCAUCAACAUCAGAGAGAUCUCCAGUAUUUCCAGAAACAAGAGGCGGACAGAACGAAAAAGCGUGAAGACAGUCGACAGGUUGCGACGUUUAAUCUGGCACUUGCUGAAGUUCAAAGACGCAGGAGGACAUUAAACCAAUCUCAUGGUUCGUACAUUUUUGUGAGUCAUCUCUGCACUCCGGACCACCCGCUGCAGCAGAGACAUCCUGAGACUUCAGCUGAGCAGAGACUUCCAGCACAGAAGAUCUCAGAAGAGCUGAGGAACAUCAGCAGAACAAGAGACCACCAGCUGAAAUGCUUGAACGACCAGAAGAGAGAACGAGAAAUCAUUCAGAAAAACCACCAAGAAAUGUUAGAAGAGCGAAUCCGUCAGUAUGAGAAGGUUCGAAACCUGCAGGUGGCUUGUGAGAAAAACUGGGAACACAGCAUCUCCAUGAGACGUCAACGAGACCGGGAGGAGCUCCAAGACUUCAGGAGGUAUGGAUGUCAGAGUCUAACGGAUCAACUUGAAAAAUAUGAGCGAUGCAACCGAUGCAAACGCAGCACUGCCAACCGCGGCCAGAGCAACCUUUUCAGAGACACAAAUUAUCUGUCUGGAUCUCGCUUGAUGCUAUAGACCAAAAUAUUAAAGACACUGCUUGAUUUUCAGUCUUAAAAUGUGCUGAGAGGGCGUGUGGUGUUGAGUGAAUACCCAUCAUGUGUAAAUCGUGUAUUAUACAACACGUUGUAACCUUCUCUGUAGGACAUUAGUGGAAAAUAAACUUGUGUAUAAGUGAGCUAUACAGAACUUCCAAAUACUCUCCUUAUUUAAGUAAUGAUUAUACCACGGGGCUGUUGAAUGCUUCAAUCUUAUUGGUUGACAAACCUUCUAUGGGUAUGUAUUAACUUUCAGUAAAAUACAUACCUAUGAAGGUGUUCCAAGUCUGCCAACAACAUCAUAGUUCCAAAUAACUUCGCCAAGUUUAAACAACAGAAUGGUUAUAGUGUAGCCUACA